AUGGCUAUAGAGAAUAUCGUCGACUACCAUUGUUCUGGUAGGGAAGCUGGGGUUUAUAGACCUGGAGAAGACCAACGGACAACGACCCGUCGAAACCGCAUAUCUCCCAACUGUCGCACAAGACAUCCGAAAAUAGAAGGAAUCGAAAAAUAUGAUGGCCGCGUGAUUGCCUUGAUGGGUCCAUCGUCAGAUUCUAGAGCUGCUUUCACGAUGACUUCAAGACCCAGACCACACCCCCGCCCAAGACCAUCCGUGGUACCAGGGCUGAACGGGAUUCCCGUGUACGGGGAGACCGAGCUGCUGGAUCAGAUUGGAACCGACGCCGCUGCAAUAGCGGUCAGGACAGCUCCAUCAGCGACUCAUGCGAAUAACUCCUAUAUUGGCCACUCAGUAGCGUGCAAAAGCAGGGUAGAGCUCUCCCCGGCUUCCUGCUCCGAAGGCUUCCAUGGAAUGGAACCCUCCAAUAACGGUCUCGGCAUCGAAGUGGUGGUGGCUGCCCUUUCCGGGUAUCCUUGCUGCAUCAGACCCGAUUUUCAUGGGGUCAUUCAUCCUUCUAGAUUUUCUCCCCAGUGCGGCGGUGAUCUUCCCCACGCUUUGGGCGGGUUUGAGAAUAAGCAAGUAUGGCACAUGAGAGGUUCAUUAUUCAUAAUCCCAAAUGUCGGUGGCCUCAAAAUUCGCCGAUAG